AUGAAUUCUUUACACGUCUACUUUGCACUGGGUGUAGGCGCCUGCGCCCUGGCUGCGUCACACGUCGCCCAUGGAUCAUUGCAGUCACAGCUACAGACGCCACUCCGGUUACAGCAGUGUCUAGAUACGAAUAUUACAAAUGGAGGCUCGAAUACGGCAGAGGUCAGGCCGCCGGCACCGCCGCCGCCCUUUGAGCACGCGGUGUGGUCCCACAAGCCCGUGUGCGUCAGCGGGAAGGAGAAAAAGGACUACUGCACACACACAACUGCCGGCUUACGGGACGGCCACGGCCUGAGCAUCAUUGCGACACCACGUGCAGCGGACGAGAUCUCGGUAGCCUUGCCGAGUGGGAAGAAUAAACUCUCGCAUUCCCGGCGUGGCCUCGAAGUCCGCCUUGUUCCCGGCAAAGGCAAAGGCCUCUUCACCACAAAGUCUAUUGCCAAAGGAGAGACGAUCCUGCUGGAUCCUGCACGCAUAAUUGCAAGUUCUCUGUUUCCGCGGCAAGUAUCGCGUGCCCAAGGCAAAACGCUAUUCAGCUCUGCCAUCGACCGUCUGCCAGGGCGAGAUCGUGAGGCGGUCGCUGCGUUAGAUCAGAGUUUGGGCGGUACGCAGAUCGAGGACAUUGUCAAGACCAACGCCUUUGCGUGCAAGCUGGCCGACGGCAAUGUCGACGGUGCAUACAUGUGUGUGUUCCCAUCGGUAUCCCGCAUCAACCACGCGUGCCAGCCAAAUGCACAUGCGCGCUUCAUCCCGCGAGCGCUGUCCAUGGAGGUCAAGGCCAAGCGCGACAUUGCUGCGGGGGAAGAAAUCAACAUCUCGUACGGCCGCAUCGACCUGAGCUACGACGAGCGACAAGAGCUGUACAAAGAUGGGUGGAACUUUGCGUGUACAUGCUCGCUAUGCAGUGCGUCACGAUACGAGAUUGACGGCAGCGAUCGGCGGCGGGUGAGAUUCGCUCGUCUGCGACAGAUGCUCAAAAACCUGACUGCGGAUACGUAUGAUGCGCACCAAGUCUUGGAGUGGGAGACCGAGGUCAUGGCCAUUGCCCAGUCGGAAGGCCUGGAAGUGCUGCUGGCUGAGGAUUACGAGAGACUGGCAUAUGUGUACGUAGGGCAAGGCAUGCUCAAGGAUGCACGGCGUUGGGCUGAGAAGGCGAAGCAAAGUUUGCUGGACUGGGACGUGGCAGACGGUGGUCCAGAGGUCGAGAUGCGGAGGGUGAAUGAAUUGUUGAGCGAGUUGUAA